AAAUCCGUUUGAAAGUGAUGUGCACGGGGAGGCGGCGGUGCUUACUGCGAGUUCUGUGGUAUUUUGGAUCAGUUUUUUAAGAAGAAAGUAUUGGCUUAUAUUAUACGGAACGGCGCAACUGGGAAAAGGAAUUCGCAAUAUUGCGGAAUCAUGUUCCACGAUAAAAAGAGUGUCGAUCGCCACGUACAGGAAGUAUUUCGGAAGCUGAAAGAGGAAAAUGAGAGAAAUUUAAGAAGUUACAAUAUUGCCAAACUUUAUUACCAAGUGGGUGAUUAUGAGGCAGCCAGGAGAUACGUGUCCAGUUAUUUAGAAAUACGAGAGGAUUCCGCUGGCGCACACAAACUCUUGGGUCAAACUCUUGAAGCCUUAGACCAAAAAGAAGCUGCUCUAGCAGAGUACAAAUGUUCCCUUGAAAUUGAGGGUCGACAGGACGACCUUGUAUUGAAAGUCUGCGAGCUUUUGGCUGAUAUCAAUGUGGGCAUGGAUGUGAGCCGAGCGAGGUACUGGCUGGAGCGAGCUGACAGACAAUUUGGACACCACCCCAUUAUAUUUCAGCUCAAAGAAAAACUUUUGACUGCUGAUAGACCUAAUGAUAAUGCCGAGGACCUUGAAGCUCUCAUAGCAUCCGAAUUAGCUGUCAGACCAAUGGAUGUAACGUUGCGUGUCAAAUUGUUGCGCCACUAUAUGGAAAAAAACAGACUAGAAGAUGCAUAUAAACAUGCUGUGGAUGUGGAAGCCACCUAUGCCUUUAGAGACAAUAUUGUGUGGUAUCAGGCCAUCUGUGAGAUGCUUGCAAAGUGCAAAGACAGUAAGCGUUCUGAUUGGGCAUUUUGGGUUCUGUAUGUUUCUGCUUUGGAACGGUUCGCAGCUCUUUCCCUCAAAGAGCAGGGGGAUGGGCCGAAGAAAACUGUUCCUGAAGCUGCACAAGCUGUACUGAAUUUUGACCAAAGCUUGACAGAGGCAGAACUUCACAAACAAUAUUCAGAUGAUCCAACAUUUGCCGAGCAUCUAUUUGCCCAUGCGUGGGGUCAACUCCACUUACACUUGGCAUGUUUGUUGCUCCGAAAAACUAAACGGGAACAGGGUAGUUGGAGCGAAGCAGGUCGCCUAUGUUCACCACUCUUGCUGUGUGCUCUACAUGCAAAUCCUCCUGAUCCUACAGCACUCUGGGCUGCAAGACUCAAGGAUCAUCGUAGAGCUCAAGUCAAUCUGUGGUAUAGGGAGGCAUCGUACAGGUGCAGUCAAGCGGGACACGUACUUCAGGACUACGCGAGGGAGGAUACAAAAAGAUUCCUUGACAAAAUUGAUAAAUUUUGCACAGGAACUUGGAGGGUGCGUGUUUACCAGAGGAUAUUUGUUAGCCGAGUUCAACAGAAUUUGAUGAAAACAUCAUACUUUGCUCAUCAUCCUGCAUCCAAUCCUCCACUCAGAUUGUGUACACAUAACGAAUUGAAACACCAUGACGAAGUCUCUGAAGAAGUUUGGCCAGCUUCCUUACACUAUCAAGUUUGGUUAGGUGUUAAAAGUCGACCACAUCAUAGUCAACGGAAUAUCUCCAAUGGUCCUCAUCCACAUCAAUAUUCGCACGUAUUUCCUGAGCUGCAGUUUUCUGUCUACAAUCUGAAUCAUGCAGCUGCCGAUAGUCUGAGUCGUUUGGAUAUCGAUGCUUUUUUGAAUGCAGCAGUUUUGUGCGCCUCUGUCGUUAUGGAGGAACAACAGCGGAGUGGGUUCUUCAGUCCUGACAGGCUGCCAACUCUACCAGCUGACAUCACCAACACACUUUGUAGCAGUGCUCAAGAGAAGUGGUGGACAGCAGCCUACAAGAUGUAUCGUGAACAGGAGGGUCUUGGUAGUGAGAUAGGAGAGAUAAGACAAAUUCUGCAACGUGGUCUGGAAGUUAUUCGUUGUAUAGACAAUCAUGGGUUACAUCCUUGUCUUUUGGUUCAUCUGGCACGUAUAUUCCAACACAGGGUCAAAGUAACAAAAGAGAAAAAUGAAGAGCACAGCAACAUACCAGCACUUGAAGCUCGUAGUGAGCUUUAUUGGUCUGCUGCUGUUCCUCUUCUGGAAAGGCUUCUGAAUAAUCAAGCAAUCCGCAGCACGGGUACCAAGUUGUUCGAUUAUCAAGGAAAAGGAAUGAAUAAUGUGGAACUAACGAAUGCUCUGGAUGAAGGUAGAUUGCUGUUAGCUCAAAGAUAUCUGCGAGAUAAACAAUACGAACAAGCAAUCGCAGCAUUACAGGUGUUGAAGUGUCCAGAGGCUUCCUUCCAGCAAGGACAGAUCUAUCAAACACUGGCAAAUGAUCUUGUGAGUUCUCUACCUAGAGAAAGUUUAACAUCGGAAAUGCGGUCGCAACAUAUUAUUAUGUUAUCAAAAGCACGAGAUGCCUUUUAUUUGACUCUUGAUCGCUUACGCAGUCCAGUCACCAAUCCAAAACAUCCACUCAACUCGGAACUUUGCACACACAUUGCUGGGAUAGAAAAUGAACUCAAACGCAUUGACCCCGAUUUAUGGCGCAACGAACUGAAUCGGAACGAGUGCGAUGAAAUAUCUGACGAGAGUUAUUCGUCUGCGCACAGUACAGAACAUCCAGUUAUAAAUACUUCUUUUGGUAAUACUACACACAAAUUAAAUACACCUCAGAGAGGUACCCACCGCACACCAAACCAGUCCAGUACACCUUGCAGGCCCCAACAUCAAGAUAUUAUAGAUUUGUCACGUCAACGAACUGAAGCAAGACCAAGUCCUGAGCGGCUCGAUGCCCAAAUUCGUCAGCUGAUACACUCGAGAGAUAAUGUAAUCCAAACAAUAAUGGAUCAAAACAAAGCUCUUCUUGAAACGAACCAGGUUGUAGUGAAACAGUUGGAAGAGUUGAAAAAAGAAGUGGCGGAUUUACGGAAAGAAACUCAAAAGCAACGUUCUCAAGUCCCUGUGAAUCCAAGUCUUGAAGAGGACUUGUAUGUACUAGGCGAAGAGGAUUAUGGAGAUUUGAAUUAUGGUGCACCUCCAGCGUCCCAGCCCCCAGGCCCAGCUUCUUCGUUCCCAGGAAAUAUGUUUGCGUCGGCACAAAGACACCCAGCUUAUUCUACUCUCGUCUAUCCUCCUGCUGCAUUGCAAGGAUAUUAUACAGGAGCGAUACCAUUCGCUGAUCCUGCAGCACAUAUUCCUUCAUUAUAUCCACCGAGUGUUUAUCCGAUGCCUGCCUUGUACCCUCGACCUGCUGUUGAGCCAAAAGUUGGUUCCAUAUCAAAAAUAUCUGACAAUGUACUGCAACCAGGACUCUUCUCUGGCAGGUUACCAAAUCAGAUGCCUGACCAUAGUAGUAAUCCCGAUCAACCAUUACCACUGCAAACGCAGAGACUGGACUAUUCCAAGAAUGAUAUUAAUGUCAAGGAUGCACCACCUAGCAAAGCUCCUCCUGUUAACGUAGUAAUUACUACCUCCGAUACCCUACCGACUACUGCGCCGACUGUUCAACCAACACUGAGCGUAACUAUCCCUGCUCACCACAGACUUGGUUCAGGCUCUCAGGCUGCUAACGUUCCACAUAAUUAUCAGAUCUCGAUGCCUCUGCAAGCGACCAUUCCAACUACUGUUAACUUACCCCCAUUAUCUACUACAUUGACAACAACCAUUCCAACAAAUUUGUCUGUUACUGAAAAAAACAGUAGAAAUUCGAGCAUCCUGUCAACUGGUGUUGCUAAUGAUUCCAAUGAAUGGUAUGUCGAGACGGAGCACGACCCAAUUCCAGACUUUGUUCCUGUUGUUCCACUACCUGCUGAAAUUGAAAUAACAACUGGAGAGGAAGGUGAAACGAUGUUGUACUGCGCAAAGGCUAAACUUUUCCGAUUCGUUGAUAAGGAAUGGAAAGAACGAGGUGUUGGUUACGUCAAGCUGCUUCGUAAUUCUGAAGGGAAAGUUCGUCUACUUAUGCGCAGAGAUCAAGUAUUGAAAAUUUGUGCUAAUCACUUGCUACGACCUGAUAUGGAGCUUUCUAAAAUGCCAAACAACAAUAAAGCACUGAUAUGGGUUGCUAACGACUUUGCUGAUGAAGAGGUUAAACUAGAAAAAUUAUGUAUCAAAUUCAAGACUGAAGAUGAAGCUGCCAACUUCAAGCUUUGCUUCGAUAAAGCUAAAGCUAGUCUACCAACGUCUGUUGAAAAUAUUGUAGAGGCAGGCAGCAAGACUGACAACAAAUCUAACAAUUCGGAAGUUGCUCCGGUAGUAAGUGCAACAAAAGAAGUUGCGAAUAUCCCAGUUGUUGUCGGGGGAUUUUCUUUCACAACAAAACCUAUUAUUCAAGAGAAACUACCGACCGAUUCCGUUAAAUCUUCACCAAAAUCUAACGAACCACCAAAGCCGAGUCCGUUUGCUGAGUUUUCUUUCACUAAACCUGUAUCAACCAGUACGUCGAUUGGUGUGACAACCACAACUAGUACUGUAUCUGAUGGAACCAAUUUUGUACCAAAAGUUCUCGAUUCUAAGUCUACUGGGUUUUCGUUUGGUACCUCGAGUGGUCUGAGUACAACACAAUCAGCCAGUGUCUCUGAUAAAGUCAGUUUUCCACCAAAACCAAUCGAUGUGAAAUCUACUGGAUUUACGUUCGGCAAACCAAGCUUACCUGUUGCCUCAGCUACCACUGCAUCUGAUGGAAUUAACACCGUCAAUCAAGCCGUUCAACUAUCAUUGAAGAAUUUCGAUGGAACAGGAUCACCUAAAAAUGGUAGUACAUCAAUUGCACUAUUUCCCUCUCGAAUGCCGUUGAGGCGUCCUCAUGCCCCUGCACCGAAUGUUUUGGCUGCAGCAAAUAUUGCUGUAGAAACACCUGAGAAAUCGAAUGAAAGUUCUCUUCAGAAUACUACCAAAGAUGAUGAUAAGGUGGAAGAAUUUGUCCCAACUGCUGAAUUUUCUCCGGUUAUUGCUCUUCCGGACAUUGUAGAACUCAUUACCGGUGAAGAAGGAGAAACUGUUCUUUUUGAGGAACGCGGAAAAUUAUUGAGAUACGACACUGACUCUAAGCAAUGGAAAGAACGAGGAAUUGGGCUAAUGAAAAUCUUAUUGGAACCAACUUCUGGAAAAAUUCGCUUGCUGAUGCGAAGGGAACAAGUUUUAAAAGUCUGCUGCAAUCACACACUUUUGGCACAACUCAAAUUCUCAUUCAUGACUGGUAACAGCAAAGCCAUUAGUUGGUGCGCUCAGGAUUACAGUGAAGGGGAAGUCAAACCAGAAAUGUUUGCUAUACGUUUCAAAACAGCUGAUCAAGCAUCACAAUUCCACGAUGUCAUAACAACCCAACAAAAGAAAAUGGUGAAUGAUCGCAUUCCGGCAACAACACAGACCAAUGCAAACAACAUAACAGCCCAACAGAAAGUCGAUCUCAACAGACAAGAAAAGUCAUUAGCUGAGAUGUUCAAGCCUGCAGUUGGUUCCUGGGAAUGUGAAGCCUGUUACACUAGAAAUGACGCAGCGAAUAAUAAAUGCUUGGCUUGCGAAUCACCUUCACCUAAUGUCGCUAAAUCAUCAUCUCUACAAGCACCUGUAACUCUUAAACCAUCGAUACAAGGAUCAUUUGAAAGUACCACAUGGAACUGUAACAACUGUGACACAAAAAAUUAUGCAUACAACCAGAAAUGCAAAGCUUGUGGUAAUGACUCACCAGCAAUAACUACUCAAACUGAGGUUUCGCCAGACAAACUGCCACUUUCUCAGCUUUUUAAACCUGCGAGUGGAUCCUGGAAAUGCGAGGGUUGCUAUGUUGUUAACAGUUCCUCGAAUAAUUAUUGUGUUGCUUGCGACACACCAAAAGAUCCUUCUAUGCCAACUAAACCAAAAACAGUUGGAUUUAAUAUUGUGUCUUCAUCUGUGUCGUCACCAUCGUUUUCAUUCGGUAUUACACCAACUGUACCGAAAGAGUCUACCGGUGGGUUUACGUUUGGUAUGCCCAAGUCUGACGUUAAAGCUGCUGGUGAUUCUACUACUCCUACUCAAUUCAAUUUUGGAAAUCAGCCUCUCAACGGCAGUACCCCUUUCAGCUUUGAUGGAUCUCAGAACUUAGGAAUUGUACAAAAUUCUGCAAAACCCUUUACGUUUGGAUCACCGGGAAAAUCAUUUGAUUUUCAUUUCCAAGCUAAAUCUCCGGUAAAAUCACCCGGUGGUGGUGAAACAAGCGAAGACGAAGUGGCUGAAAGUGAAGACGUUUAUUUUGCUCCAGUUAUUCCGUUGCCUGAUAAAAUUGAUGUAAAGACUGGUGAAGAAAACGAAGAUGUACUUUACAGUCACAGAGCAAAAUUAUUCAGGUAUGAGGCCACUGGAAAAGAAUGGAAAGAACGUGGACUGGGUGAUAUAAAACUUCUCAAGCAUAAAGACACAGGAAAACUACGAUUAUUAAUGAGAAGGGAUCAAGUCCUUAAGUUAUGCUUGAAUCACGUUAUUACUUCAGAUAUGGAGUUCACCGCAAAAGAUGAUAAGACCUGGCUUUGGUAUGCUGCUGAUUAUAGCGAUGGUGAUAUUUCUCAUGAAAAUUUCGCCUGUCGUUUUAAGACACCUGAAAUAGCACAAGAAUUUAAAACUGCCAUCGAAAAUUCCAAAACAUCCAUAGCGACUCCUUCGGAAAAGCCUAUUCCAAAAACACCUUCAAAAUCGCCUGUCACCAUGAAGAAAAAUUUGUUUAAUCGUUCCACUUCAUCUUCAGAUGUUGAAAUUGUUUAUGAAGCAUCGGUCACGCCUGAAGAAAAAGCUGCAGCGUUGGAACUUCAGUUGCCAGAAAACUUUUACGCCUAUAAGAGAAGACCUGAUUGUCCUGGGUGUAGAGGGUGCAAAAAUUCAGAAACACGCUUGGCUGAAAGAAAUUCAGAGGCAUUUGAAUCAAGUAUCGAGACACUUAAGCCAUUAUCAAAUACAAGUGCAUCCGGUACCAAACCCAUUAUAUUUGGCAUUCCAAAAUUGACAAAUGUGUCUACUACUGAAACAACGUCGGCAUUAAGUUCUGCUAGUUCAGGAGAUGGAAAAGUAUCAUCUUUAGGUUCCACUGGAAGCAGUACACCAACAUCAACCAGUUCCUCUAGCACGGUUUCUUCAUCUUUUGGGGAGAAGCCAGUGAGCAAUGUCUUUGGAAAAGUCAGCUCAACUACAAGCCUCUUAAAUACUGGAACACUGACAUCUGGUAGUGGCUUCUCAACUCAAGCCUCUAUACCCUUUGGGCCUCCUUCGUCUACUAAUUCAACAAAUAUCUUUGGAGGAACUUCGACUGCAUCGUCGCUAAUAUUUGGCGGAAAUACUCAAAAAACUGGUGGUUUUCUGUUUGGCGAAGCUUCUAGUCAAAUCAAUUCUGCUACUACGUCCUCUAUACCAACUCCAGGAUCUAAUACAACCAGCGGUAUUAUAUUUUCUUUCGGUGGUACAAAUGAUAAGAAAACAGAUUCUGGAUCUGACAUAAAAGCACUUGAAGAUCAAGCGAGCAAAAUUUGCACUCCUGCGCGUCUCACUGCUGUAACAACUGCAUCUAUAUUCAGUGGAACAAAAUCAUCUGCGCCAAUCUUUGGUACGCCAACGGUAUUUGGUAGUACCCAAAACUCUACAAACACCACAUUCACUAAUAUCUUUGGCGGAGCUCCAAAAUCUAACGCAACAACUGUGACAAAUAUGACUGCUCCGGCUGAUACAAGAAAUACUCAAACAUCGGAAGAAUCCUAUGCCAGAUUAUUGUCACCACCAAACUGCAUCUCAUUAGAUACUCCAGUUACUGGUUCCAUGGCAAAUGCGAGUUCACCCCAAUUUGGAUCCGUGGCAAGCAAACAAUCAACUUUCCUCAAUAAUGGUGCAACGACUGAAGCAUCUUCCACUGAUGUUAUUGCAAAUUCCAUAUUUGGCACUAAUAGUUCAGUCACUCAAGGUCUUGGAAUGUUUGGUAGUAAUAAAUCAAUUACUCCAGUUUCUGGAGGAACGGCGAGCAAAGAAUCGCCACUAGGUCAAAUUGGUUCAGAUUUAGUCGUGUCCGAGCAAAAAAAAGAGGAUAGGUUCACUUUUUUACCAACCGAAAAUGUUGCUACUUUCUCUACACUUGCGGCGAAUCCACCGCAACAGCCAGCAUUUCAGAAAGACCCUAACUUUUCAUUUGCUGGGGCGGGUACUUCAGUAUUUGGUUCAAAACCAUCUCGGAAUACAACCACUUCAAAAUCAUCAACUCAGCAGAAUGUAGUUCCGGUAAAAAGUAAAGAACCUGAUGAACAAGAGGAAGAACAUGAUAAUGGCGAAGAACAUGAUCCCCAUUUUGAACCAAUUGUUCCACUACCUGAUGCUAUUGAAGUUCGUACAGGAGAAGAGGAUGAAGAAAAAGAAUUUUGCCAGCGUGCCAAACUAUAUAGAUAUGUAACUGCAACUAGGGAGUGGAAAGAAAGAGGUGUUGGUGAAAUGAAAUUAUUACACCACCAUGGCCAUGGUUCUUAUCGUCUAUUGUUACGCAGAGAACAAGUGCAUAAAGUGGUUUGUAACUUUUUGCUGACGGCUGAUCAGGAAUUUCAUACUCUCAAUAGCUCUGAUAGAGCUUGGUGCUGGGCAGGCAUGAAUUAUGCCGAGGAAAACCCUGUGCUAGAGGAAUUAGCAGUUCGAUUCAAAAACCCGGAGCUCGCAAAACAGUUCAAGGAUGCCAUUGAUAAGGCUCAACAAACCUUACGAGAGAAACUGAACACCAGCCAAGUUUUAAAGUACGAAGAAACACAGGAUUCACCUGAGGAUGAUGAACGUGAUGAGGAUGAAAAUGAAGAUGAGGAGGGAGAUGACCUUUACGCAGAAGACGAGGAAGAGGAACAUUCAAUAAUGUUCGAAAAACGGGCAACUUUGGUUGCUCAAGAAGAAGGGGAUAUCGCAUGGAAAAAUAUAGGAAUGGGGGAUCUGAAAGUUCUUUAUGAUCACAACAUUUUCGGUUCAAGAAUUGUCCUUGAAGCUGAUUCUACAAAAGAAAUCGUCAGUAACACAGUAAUCAGUAUGCAAACGGAAAUGCAGGAAAAUGGAAAAGAGUGCACAUGGUCAGCAAUAGAUUAUGCUUUUGAACCACCUAAAAGGUGUAACCUAAAGGCCAUCUUCUCAUCUGUACAUGUUGCACACGAUUUUUUCAUGGCUUUUGAAGAGGGCCAAGGUUUUGCUAAUGAGUCAGAGAUCUUAGAACCGGAGUACUACAUACCCAAGGAAGAAUAAAAUUAAGAGAGAAUAGAAUUUUCGGCAUUUUUUUGCAAUGCUAAUAGUCAAUCAUGAACUGAAAAUACGUUUUACUCUACCAUUGAAUUUUUCAAGUUUAUAGAUUUAUUUGUAUGAUAUACCUAGUUGUUUCUUAUACAUUUCGAGUAUCACAUCAUUGUUAAUUUUAAGAUAGGAUUGAAUUCUAGGAUGAGGAAAUUAUUUGAUCCAUCGUUAAUAGACAGGUACUGAAAAAUGUGAAUUUUAUUUCCAAUACAUGAGAUUUCACGAUCAAA